AUGGCCGAGUCAUGGAGCAUCGAAGAGGAAAAGCAGCUGCAGGCCUUGAUGGCCAAGAAGGUGGUUGCAGUGAAUGAGAGCCGUGGAGCCGCUAUGAGCGAUGGCUCAAAGCGCCGGUAUGUGGAUGAGGAGUCUGUGGAUUCUAUGGAUAACCCAUGGAUUGAAGUGUCAGAGAAGAGCCACCUCAAGGUGGACUACACCAGUGUGGAGCUGGAUUUGCCAAUGGGCAUUACCAGCAUGGAGCAAUGGGGCCGCACGGUCAUCUCUUUCGGCAAAUAUGCCGAAGCCAAUGUGACCUACAAUGAAAUGUUGACAGCCCCGGAGUAUUCAGGAUACCGCAAGUGGUGCAAGAGCCACCUGACAACCCAUACUGCUGGCAAGGUCGCCAUGGACUUUGUCAAGUAUCGAGAUGCCUAUGAAAAGAAGUCCAACAAAGACUCUGGACUUCUGUUCCCAGGAACUGAGGUGGAGCGCCGCUUCAAGUGA